GUUGAAUUGAUAAACAAUGGAUCAGAAGUUGCACUAAAUGGAAUGAACAAAAUUCAAUAUAUUGCACAGUUGUCUAAUUUUAAAUUGAAUGUUUGCAUUGGACCACAAUUGCACUAUUUUUUAAAGGGAUUGUAUUCGAUGAUCCCACAAAGAUGGUUGAAUAUAUUUAACGCAUACGAGUUGCAAAUGUUGAUAUCGGGAGGUGGGACCAGAAUUGACUUGGAAGAUUUGAAAAAGAACAUCAAGUUGAGCUGGUACCAUGACAGCGAUCCGACGAUUUUGGCGUUAUGGGAAGUGUUGGAAGAGUUCUCAGAGGAGGAGCGAUCGAGAUUCAUCAAGUUUGUGACGAGUGUUCCACGAGCCCCAUUGUUGGGAUUUCAAGAGUUGAACCCGAAGUUUGGAAUAGGAUUUGGGGGAAGUGAUGUAAGCAGAUUGCCCACAGCUUCGACGUGUGUGAAUUUGUUGAAGUUGCCCAACUACAGAAACAAAAGAGUGUUGAGGGAAAAGUUGUUGUUUGCAAUCAAUUCCAAUUCGGGCUUCAACUUGUCGUAG